AUGUCCAACGACCCUACAGUGCGCCGGCUGCUCCCUCAAAACUCGCAGAUGGGGAGCUUCAGCUUUGCGCCUCCGGCUUAUCAGCAGCAACCACGAGAGACGCAAAAGAUCUUUGUGGACGAACAUAACCGUCACAAGCGGUUGAAGGUGAUGAGAGCUUGCGAGGGAUGCCGGAGGAGAAAGAUCAAGUGUGACGCUGCCACCACAAACACCUGGCCCUGCUCAGCAUGCAUACGCCUGAAACUUGUCUGUGUUCGUCCGAACGGCUUCGACGGGUCGUCUGAACCUCAGGUCUACGAACCACCACGAUCCCAGUUUGAGACCUCGCAUGUGCAUGAGGGUUUCCGACAGCCACUACCACUACAAGAUCAACAACAGCUCCUAGGACAUGCACCAAAACCUAACCUCUAUGCGCCGCAGACAUCCUACCAGGACACAUCAGCCCUUUACCAUGCGGUCCAGUAUUCCGAUUCUCAGACAGUCCCUCACAAUCUACAAUAUCAACCUGUGCAUCACGCCGUCAGUGCUGUCAAUGUUGUGGAUCACCAGUAUGGCGCCCAGGCCGCAUUUCCAACACCGCCGAUGCAACAGCCAUCACAUCCAGCAUCUCCGGCGGACACCUACCAGUCAGAAUAUGCACAACAAGACUUGGCCGACCUGUUAGGGUCCUUGAAGGUUAACGAGGCAGGGACAGCGCCCUAUCUAAACAGCAAGAUGCAAUCGAUGAGGGAAGAAGAUCCCGUCGUGGAGGAGGGCGACGAAUACAAGAGUUUGUUGCCACCACUCACAGCUGGUUUGGGAGGAUCCAAAAUUCGAAUUCCGCCAGAGCUUAUGCCCGACGACGACACCGUCCUUCAGUACCUGGACCUGUACUUUACGAAUGCCCAUCCUUAUGUGCCCGUUCUGGAUAAAGCCCACUUCUAUCAACAGUGGCACGACAACAGGGAAUCGAUAUCGCCCCUUCUUUUGGAAGCCAUGUUUGCCAUCUCGGGCCGGUUAGCAGACGAACCGGCCCAAGGGCAACAGUGGCUCGCGCUCGCCACCCGCCACGCCGACUCUUUCAUGGAUAUCCCUCGCCUCAGCACGCUACAGGCACUCAUGAUUCUUCUGAAGGCCCGCGAAUCGGCACCGAAGCGAGGCUACUAUUACCGUUCAUGGAUGAGCAUCGAGCAGUGUGUCCAGUUGGGCAAGGACUUGGGAUUAGAUGAGCAUUACGGAGACCACCGACACGGCAGGUCUUGUGGGUCGAGCCCAUCCGAGUGUGCCCUGAAGACGAGAAUUUGGCAGACAUUAUUCAUGGUGGAGAUGAUGAUUGGUUCUCCUCAGGGGCGAACCGAUUUUCAGGUCGAGGAGGACACGGUGGACUUCAACGUGCCGAGGCUGCUACCCAACCAAGAUGAAUCCGAGUACCACGUUUCGCGCAACUUCACCUACCUCGCCAGAGUGGUUCGCAACGUCAGCCGCAUGGUGGUGGUGUACGGGCGGUUGAAGAAGAGCAAGGAGGUCAAGGAAUGGGGCCUCGAUCCCGAUUUCGUCCAGAUCAGCCCGGCUCUCGAUGCUUGGUUGGCUGAGAUACCGGCAGACAUGUCGAUAACUUAUCCAGCCAACGGCUCACCGCCGUGGCUGCCUUCAGCUUUUGUCGGCAACGUCCAUUCGUACUACUACUUGUCGAUUAUCCUGUUCAACAGGCCUCAGCUCGCCUUCUUGUCCCCUUCCACGCCAGGGGGCCAAUGGAAACAUCACAUGCUGGUGUCGUACAACGCAGCCAAGAUGCUGUGCAGACUCCAGGAGGCUGUCAUGGGCGCGUACGGACUGAACGGACUGCUGUGCAUGCAGCGGGGCAUCAACUUUACCAUUUACGCGGUGCUCGCAUGCAUUGUCCUACACCUCGUUGCCUUGACAUCACCAGACCCAGACCUGAACUCGGAAGCCAGGGAGUACUUUACGCGCCACAUGAGGAUCCUGGAAAAGUGCAUGAGCUCGUGGCCCAUGCCGGACAUGCAGAGGCAGAUCGACUCGGUGCGGGAGGCCUUUUCUGCGGACGUCCGGAAGCCGUUCGUGCUGAAGCCCAGCUUCCCGUACGGCAGCCCGCAUUCCAACUCGCACCCCAGCCCGCCCGGGCCCAGGCUCUUGGACACGCAGGUGCCACACUCGCAAGUUAGUUACAGCCUCCCCAUCACACCCAUCUCCACCGUCGGCCCGCUGGACAGCAAGAGUGACUCCUCCCCCGGUGUACAGUCGCUCGGAAUGAUGCCUUCCGGCCAUGGCGCUCAGGCACCGGCCGCCGUGCCGCAGUCGUCGUUGGCUUUGGCAGAGGCGCCGCCUGCGUGGAACCCGUCGCGGAUUUUUGACCAAUGGAACACCUCUUUCGGCACCCCUCCAGUCCAGUCGUCACCAACAGGGGGACAGGGUGGUGGUGGUGGUGGUGGUGGUGCGAUGAGCGCUUCAUCCGGCGCCUCGGACACGGCGAGCAUACACGACAUGCACGCGGUGCAGGCGCAGCUUAGGACAGCUGCACAGCAGCAGCAGCCCAUGCCGGCGGCAGCAGCGCAGUAUUCGGCCGCCGUGGCCCCGGUGCAGAACUUUGUCACACCGGCCAUGUGGCAGGAAUCGGUGGCGAGCGUGUACGAGGCUGGGGGUGGGCUGAAGCGAGGGUGGGAUUAUGAUGGGCAUAUGCCUGUUAGCAAGCGACACCACUGA